AUUCGCCUGAAUGUAUCCUAUGUACGGAAGUCGGUCGUCGUGCAGAGGUGGAACUGUUGACUAUUACUUUAUGGUAUUUUGUUAACGGUAUCAUUGAAAGUACAUUUGUCACUUUCUUGGUAGGUACGUUUCUGCUCGGGCAGAAAUGGUCGUCCAGGAAAACAUGGCAAACGUUGUCGUAUUUCAAAGCAGACUGUCCUCAGUCAUGGACAUGCUAGCCAAGAAUGCAAUCGUAGAAAUAAGUAAACUGUGGGACGAUGCCUUUGCUUUUGUGCAAAUUGAGAUACGCCAACGAGAAGAUGAAAUCGAAUCUCUGAAAAGCAAAGUGCUGACGAUGGAAAAGGAAAGGCUGGAAGUAAUUUCAAAGACGCCCGCAUCAGCUCCCCCUUCGGCUCCAUGUUUUUCCCCACCACAACAACCGGAUCAUCCUGGGAAACCCGAUGAUAACGGGCCCAUUUCUGUUCUGCUUCAAACUAAACAAUCACUGCCAAUUACCAGAGACACGGCGGACAUAUUAGAGAUCACCCCCCCUCCCACGCAGAGAGAGGAAAGACAGUCGGAGCUUCACGGCUCUUGGAGCUCCAAUGAAGCCGACGAUGAGUUGAGUGUUUUUGAACUAAAGGAAGAGUUCGUAGAUUCGCGUGUGGCUGAACCAAAGGAAGAGGCUGUGGAGGACGCUAUCCCAAUGGGGGAUCUGGAACAGGACAUGGAACACAAUUCGGACUACGGUUCCAAUCAGACGGCGACCGAGGCGGACUUUCAAGCGGCCGAUGGCGCUAUGGAAGACAAGGACAGACAGCGCUGGUCGUCCGUUUCCAUCGCAGACAGCAAUGACACAGACGACUCCGAUUGCAUCUUCAGACCGCAGCAGUUUUCGGAAAGUCUGGACAAGGAAAUGAAGUUCAUUCAAAAUGCCCUGGACAGUCUUGACAAUAACCAAUCAGAGGCGGGAUACAUAGAUCGGAUGAAUCACACGGAGCCGGGACAGCCUAUGGACGUCCAGGUCAUGGGACUAGUGUCCACGGAUAAAAAUUGUCCGAGCGAUCAGUACGACCUGAUGCAAAUCAGGGCUUUGAAGAACUGUCGCGUGAGGGAGAAGUGGUUCAUAUGCCCGUUCUGUGGCAAGAGCUUCGACCGCAGCAGCCACCUCGAGAUGCACCAGCGUAUCCACACAGGGGAGAAACCGUACACGUGUACCGUGUGCGGGCGGUGCUUCUCCCAGCGGAGUAACCUCCGCACUCACCAACGGACUCACAAAGAAUACUUCCAUCAUUCGCUCAGCGCAGAAUUUAAUCCUCAGCUCUGAGUGAGGGAGCACAGGGCUACGCAUCAGACCUCAAGGAGGGACAGCACCUCCUUUGGUGAGACGUCACCUUGUUCCCAGAGGAAGGACACAGGUUCUUGGGUGUGGAUGGUGGCGAGAAAGAGGGACUUUAUUAUCCUCUUACUUGUUAGGGUUUUCACUGGGGUUGGCUUACGGACAGUCGGACACACACAGCUCUCACACACUAAGAAAGAGAUCGGAAUUUUCCUGUAGUGAGGGGGGGGCCGAAGCUGACCGGAUGCUAAUAAUAAGCAUCCAAUAAUAAUCCUCCUUCACGCCUCGACUAGGUGAAACACCUAGUCCUGAUUGGCUGAAAUUAUGUGACACUACAGAAGUUUGUUUAGUGUUUUGGUUUCAUUUGAUUGUUCUAUACUACAGUUGAAUCUGAAUCGAUGGCAGAUUAAUUGACGUUGACUGAACUGGGGAUAAAAAUGGGCCUGUUACCAGACCCUGAAUCCCUGGCCACUUAAAAAAUAAAGAUUUAGUAUUCAGGGUCUGUUGGUUGCUUGGCAUGAAUAAUAUAUAAUUAUUGCAACAGAAUCUUAGGCAAAACCUGGCAACAUUAAACAACCCUGGCGACACCAGUAUGAAAAGUUUGUAUUCUGCCUUUUGAUAUUUUUUAAGUAUAUUGUGCAGUUUUUUAAACACUUAAAAAAACAAAACAUGGGCUUUAUAAAUAUUCAGAGCGCAACAUGACUCGUGGAAUCUUUUUCUUCAUAAUUGGUUACGGUGGAGACAACCCCACUAAGUCUCAGAAAACCACUUAUAGAAAUUCAGGACGAGUGUAAGGCAUAGUUCGAAAACCCAUGAAUUGGUGCCUAAUGACCAUUACCACAAUUAUUCAAUCAAUGUCCUGCUUGGAUUUGUUGAUUACAUUAUUUCAUUACUAAUUGCUCAACUCGGUCAAAAAUCAAGAAGUCACCAAAUGUCAAAUACUUUCUAUUACGAAUAGAAUGUCAACAAUUGGUUUUCACAUUUUAUUGUCCUCAGAAGACUAAAUUAUAUGUUCACGUUCUUUAUCUGCCAUUUUUAACUAAAAAAUAAACAUUUACAAAUA